UGUUCUUCUCGACUGCAUUUACAGCAGCAUUGCCUUGUCCCACCAGCAUUGCCUUGUCCUUCUGCUGUGCCCCACUGAACAGUCCAGAUAUUUUCUAGAUUCAGGCCUUGUCUCUGCGCUUUCAGAUUUCACGAGCGGUUUGCUUCUGCUUUGCGCUUGCUUAUUCAUUUCUAUACUUCUGGGAUCGUUUCAACUUUGGUAUACAUAGAUAGACUGCAGGUGACGAAUUGGAAAGCCUCUUGCUUUCCCUUUCCACUUCAGAGUGAUCUUGACGGUAGAAAGGAGCAGCAGAUUCUAUUAACUGCCGAGCGCGGAUGGCAGAAACCGCAACCGAGCUGAACGGAAGGCCUUCAGCCCGUGGCGACAAGAGAAGACGAGACCAAGACCGAUCCAGAUCGCGCGACAGGGGAUACGAUCGCACCGCCGACCGCGAUCUGGACAGAUACCGCGAUCGCGACGCGUCCAGGCGACAACGCUCUCGAUCUAAGAGCCCUGACCGUGGGUUGCGGACGCGGCACCGGUCGCGAGACAGAAGCAGAGAGCGAAGCCGCGAUAGAGGCAGGGACAGGAGCAGGGAGAGAGGGGGGGAGGCGCGGAGCAGGGACAGGAGCAGAGAGAGAGGGCGACAUGCGUCAGCGGAUCGGCACGAGAGGGAGCGAGACUCGAAGCACCGCAGCCGGCGGGACGAGCAUGGGCGAGUAAGAGACGACGACCGGCAUCGGCGGAGUGACGACAGGGAGCGGAGCGAGAGGAGCCGGGAUAAGGACAAGCAGUCGGAGCACCGGCGAUCGGAGCAACGGUCAGAGGAGGAGGAGGAUGACGUGGAGCUAGAUGCGGAUAUAGAGAUUAAGAUAGGCGAGGAGGAGAACGAGGUGGAUAAGGUGCUGGAGGAGAGUCGCCGGCGUCGCCAGGCGAUUCUUGACAAGUUCAAGUCGCAGAAAGCUGAUGCGAAGCAAGCAGAUGGCUCUGCGGCUCCAAGCUCCAAGGAUGGCUCACUUCCUUCCAAGGGCGACCAGAGGUUUGGCUUGGCCAAUGGCGCACUUUCCACGGCCUUGCAUUCUUCCACCACCCCCGCUGAUGCUGAUGCUGUUGCUGCCACUGGUAAUGGCACUGUCCCUACUGCUGCCUCUCUUGGCCAGACAGAUGCAGAUGCGCUCAAGACCGCCAACUUGCCCGCCGCCAGCUCCCCUGUGUUCUCUGGCGAUGUCUCCAAGCCUUUCACCGCUGCCGCCGCGUCGUCACCUCCUAAGGGUGAAAGCGCCACUGACAUGUUUGCUGAUGACAUGUUCGGUGAAUCUCCCGCGGCUGGAAGGAAACUGGGGAAGUUCGACGGUGCAGCCAAGGAGUUUGGCCUGAACGACAACUGGGACGAUGUGGAAGGCUACUACUUGUCGCGAGUGGGCGAGGUGUUGGACGGGCGGUAUGAGAUAGCGGCAACGCAGGGCAGGGGGGUGUUCUCCACGGUGCUCAAGGCGUGGGAUCUCAAGGAGGCCCGCAGGGAGGUCGCCAUCAAGAUCAUCCGCAACAACGAGACCAUGUUCAAGGCGGGGCAGCAGGAGCUGGUGAUUCUGCGGAAGCUAGCGGGAGCAGACCCGGACGACCGGCGGCACUGCAUCCGGCUGAUCUCGUCGUUCCAGUACCGCGGGCACCUGUGCCUCGUGUUUGAGAACAUGCACAUGAACCUGCGGGAGGUGCUCAAGAAGUUUGGCCGCAACAUCGGGAUCAACCUGAGCGCCGUGCGCGCGUACGCCACGCAGCUGUUCCUGGCGCUGAAGCACCUGCGCAACUGCGGGAUCCUGCACUGCGACAUCAAGCCUGAUAACAUGCUCGUGAACGAAAGCAAGAAUGUGCUCAAGCUCGCU